AUGGAAUUCCACACAGGGCAUCCGCUGUAUGCUGUCCCUCUCGGGUUGGAGGACGACGACAUGUUUAGCCCUAGCGGAUCCAGCUUUUCCCUUUCGUCCUCCAGCUACGGCCCUCACACACCGACCUCUGGCCGGUCCACUCCUCCACGACACUCGUUUGACUAUGCCUCCUCGUUCAGCUCGUCGAUCGACGGCCACUCCAUUGAGCUCACUCCUCCGUCUUCAGCAUCCAACUCAUACUUUCCAUUCGCCUUCAAGGGUGAUGGCAUAUCCGACUUUAGCCAGCCAGGCUUCCCCCUUACUCCUUCGCGUGGCAGCCAGCUGAGCUUCGGAAGCUUUUCCCACAACGGAUAUGGCGGUGUUCAACUAUCCCCUUCUCAACACGUCGAGUACUACUGCGGGGACAACCUCUUCCAGCCACCACCCGCGGUGGUGAGUCCCCAGCAGCAGCUGCCUUCGAGCAACGGGCUGGAGAACUGGCGCUGGCCACAGGACAGCCACAGUCCGAUCAGCUUUGGGGAGCACACGCCAAAGAGGCCGAGCUUGAUGGUUCGGCACCCGCCGCUCAAGUUUGAGGACGAGAGGGAGGAUAUCGACAUGAGGAAUAAGUGUCUGAAGGACAGCCUGUCUGUUGAGCCCUCGGCUGUGGGGUUGUUGCCGUCGCCUAUUCAUAGGAUCAAGGAUGAUCCCCCGCCGCCUCCUAGGCAGAGACACGGGAGGAUCAGGGCGCAGAGGGGGGGCGAGAGUGUGAAUGAUGUCGAGCCAAAGGCUACGUUUCGGUGCAUUGUGCCUGGGUGUUCUUAUGGGCCCUAUAGGAGGAAUGAGCAUCUGAAGAGGCAUCUCAAGAAGUAA